AUGAUCGUCCCUACACCAGAGAUGGCCACAACCCCAGAAAUCGCCAUCGUCGGCGGUGGCAUCGUUGGUCUUGUCCUCGCUGCCGGACUCACUCGGAGAGGUGUCCAGGUCAAGCUUUAUGAACAAGCGCGCAACUUUCGAGAGAUUGGUGCCGGCAUCGGAUUCACAAAGAACACGGUGGGAUGUAUGGAAAAGAUCAACCCGGCCGUCGUGACGGCUUUGCGCUCCGGUGGCGCUGUCAAUGUUUCGUUGGACCAGCAGGAUCCCAAGUCGUAUCUGCGAUGGAUCGACGGCUACGGCCAGCAACGAGAGGACGAUCCGAUGUACCAAAAGCCGCUUUUAAAGCUUGACGCCGGCGUCAAAGGAUGGGAGACGGUCCGCCGCGAUCAGUUCUUGGAAGAUCUUGUCAAAGUCAUCCCUGAGGGGGUUGUUCAUCUACGGAAGCGACUGGACACUAUCGAGGACAACGAGGACGCGGACAAGGUCUACCUGAACUUCACUGAUGGAACUAGAGCCGAAGCUGACGCUGUCAUCGCAUGCGACGGCAUUAAGUCCAGAGCACGACAGCUCCUACUUGGUCCGGAAAAUCCUGCCUCUUAUCCUCAGUACACACAUAAGGUCGCUUACCGCGCGUUAAUCCCCAUGGACAAGGUCGUCGCAGCGAUUGGCGAAUACAAGACCUUUCGCCAGCAUAUGCACGUCGGUCCGAAUGCACACCUUAUCCAUUACCCCGUCAACACGAACACAAUAGGAGCCACCGUCGUGGUCUCGGACCCUAAUGACUGGCCUCAAGACAAGCCUACGACGGCCCGUGCGUCUCGCAAGGAGGUUUCCGAAGCACUGACAGGCUGGUGUACUCCGGUCCGUAACCUUGUCGAACUGUUCCCGGAAGAGCUAGACCAGUGGGCACUCUUCGAUCUGUUUGAGUAUCCAGUACCCAAGUACAACAAGGGAAGAGUAUGCUUGAUGGGUGAUGCGGCGCAUGCGUCGAGCCCCCACCACGGUGCCGGAGCCUCUUUCGGAAUCGAAGAUGCACUUUGCAUGUCUACAUUGAUGUCUGAGCUUAUCAUGGAUCUCCGGGAGCAUCGCACAUCCAAGGCGACCGCAUUGCGGACUGCAUUCGAGACGUAUGAUAAGAUCCGUCGGACAAGAACGCAAUGGCUGGUCAACAGCAGUCGGCGCGUUUGCGACCUCUUCCAGCAACCAGAGUGGGCUAACCCUGACAAGCGGGUCAAGACCGAGUCCUGCUUCGAAGAGGUUAAGGAUCGUUCGUUUAAGAUUUGGCAUUUCAACUCUGCUGAUAUGGUUGAUGAUACGAUUCGCGAAUAUAGGGAAAGCAUGAAUUUGGCCACGAGCAAGAUAAAGAGCGUUAAUGGUAACGAUGGAGUGAGCGUUGGUUAUGGCACUAACAAGGUGUAA